AAAUUUUCCACGGAAGAAAACAUAUUUUCUCUAUUUUUCGAAAGUCGAAACCGUAAUUAGCAUUUUGUGUUCUCUGGAAUCUAAAAAAAACAGCGAGAGAGAGAAAAAAAGAAAAAAAAGAAAGGAGGAAGAGUGAGCCAAAUCGUGCGACUGAAAAUUUUCGAAUUUUCUCUUCCGGCGAGGAGAUUCUAACGUCCCUAUCUCCCUUCCUCGCCGUGAAUCUAACCAUUUCAUUCAGGACCAGUCGCCGUUUUUGCGUUGCCUCGCCCCUCUUAGCUUCUCAUGGCGUCGCAGCAGUAAUCUCGGACAGGAGGCCAAUAUGAGUGGAGUUUAUGCUCCGUCAGACGGAACCAGUUUUCUGAGUUUCGACUGGUCAGAAAAUGGUGCAAGCAUCGAUGAUAGUAAGAAAGGUCAUCAGAGUUUGGUGGAGUGGUUAAAUCAGACACUUCCUUAUUUGAAUUUAUCAUUGGAAGCUUCAGAGGACGAAGUGAGAGCAUGCUUGAGGGAUGGAACUGUCUUGUGUAACCUUUUGAAUCAGCUUAGUCCUGGUUCAAUGAGAAUGGGAGGCAGCUUUGAACCUGCUCAUGUUAAAAUUGAGCGGUUUCUGACUGCUAUGGAUGAAAUGGCCCUGCCCAGGUUUGAGGUUUCAGACAUAGAACAGGGGGAUAUGGUGCCAGUUUUACAGUCCCUUAAGGCGCUUAAAGCAAGUUUUUCCGAUGGUGGUAAUGAUAAAAACUCACUAUGUGCGAAGAGGAGAUGGAGCUUGCCAGAAGACCAUUCAGAUUCUAGAGGAGAUGAUCGCAACGUUACUGAUGGAUUUCAGUCGAAGGAAGAAUCUGAGAUUGAUAUAUCGGAUGCUAAAAUUUCGGAAAUACUGAAAUCUAACAGUUUACGAAAUGCUCCUACUCGGACGCUGUUUGACAUGCUGGAUAAACUUCUAGAUGAGAGCGUGAAGAAGAUGAAUGGACAUGUGUCUCACGCUAUGGCAUCACUCUUGAGCGCACUUGUGCAAGUGAUAGAACAGAGAAUCUCAAAUCAAGCUGAGAACCUGAAAAAUCAAAAUAUACUCUUUAGGGUGCGUGAAGAUAAAUACAGGUCAAGAAUAAAGGUCUUAGAAACCUUGGCAGCUGGAACAAAUCAGGAAAACGAGAUUGUGACGAACUGUAUGGAGCAUAUAAAGCUUGAUAAAAACAAAAUAGAAGAAAGAGAAAGGUCAGAAGAAAAAGAUGUGGUGCGUCUGAAAAGAGAAAAAGAGCUCAGUGAUGCUGAGAUUCGUAAGCUGAAACAAGAACUCAAGGUGGUGAAAGAGACGCAUGAAAACCAGUGCUUGGAGUUAGAAGCAAAAGCUCAAACUACUAAAGUUGAGUUGGAGAAUAAAGUAAAGGAUGCAGAGUUACAAGUUGCCAAUUCAACUAGGAAGGUCAAAGAACUCGAGAAGUUGUACCAAUCUAAAUCUAAAAAAUGGGAGAAAAAAGAAUGCACCUACCAGAACUUCAUAGACAACCAGUUUGGGGCUUUGCAGGCUCUGAAUGCUACUUCAGUGUCUAUAAAGCAAGAAGUCUUGAGGACACAGAAGAAAUACUUUGAAGACCUAAAUUACUAUGGUUUAAAGCUCAAAGGAGUGGCUGAUGCAGCAAAAAAUUACCAUGUGGUCCUUGAAGAAAACCGAAGACUGUAUAAUGAAGUGCAGGAAUUGAAAGGAAAUAUCAGAGUCUACUGCCGGAUAAGACCAUUCCUUCCAGGGCAAAACAGUGGACAAACUUCAAUAGAGUAUAUUGGUGAGAACGGUGAAUUGGUGGUUGCAAAUCCGUUUAAGCAAGGGAAAGAUACCCAUCGACUAUUUAAGUUCAAUAAAGUUUUUGGUCAAACAUCAACGCAAGAGGAGGUUUUCCUAGAUACUCGACCAUUAAUUCGAUCCAUUCUUGAUGGCUAUAAUGUGUGUAUAUUUGCAUAUGGUCAGACGGGCUCUGGAAAAACUUAUACAAUGAGUGGACCAAGCAUCACUUCAAAAGCAGACUGGGGUGUCAAUUAUAGAGCUCUUAAUGACUUGUUCCAUUUAACCCAGAUUAGACAAAACACUGUUGUGUAUGAAGUCGAUGUUCAAAUGGUUGAGAUAUACAAUGAGCAAAUUCGAGACAUACUUUCUGAUGGUGGUUCCAGUCGAAGGUUAGGGGUUUGGAAUACUGCCUUACCAAAUGGGCUAGCUGUCCCAGAUGCAAGCAUGCAUUCUGUGAGAUCAACUGAAGAUGUGCUUGAGCUGAUGAAUAUUGGGCUCAUGAACAGAACAGUUGGUUCCACAGCUCUCAAUGAAAGGAGUAGUAGAUCACACUGCGUUCUUUCUGUUCAUGUACGUGGAGUCGAUGUGGAAACCGAUUCUGUGUUGCGUGGUAGUUUGCACUUGGUCGAUCUUGCUGGAAGUGAGAGAGUUGAUCGCUCUGAGGUCACUGGAGAGAGGCUCAAGGAGGCUCAACAUAUAAACAAAUCACUGUCAGCCCUUGGAGAUGUCAUAUUUGCUCUAGCGCAUAAGAACCCUCAUGUGCCGUACAGGAACAGCAAAUUGACACAAGUCCUUCAAAGUUCUUUGGGAGGACAAGCCAAGACUCUUAUGUUUGUUCAAGUCAACCCUGAUGGAGACUCUUAUGCUGAGACCGUUAGCACUCUGAAGUUCGCCGAAAGAGUUUCUGGUGUGGAGUUAGGUGCAGCUAAAAGUAACAAAGAGGGACGAGAUGUUAGACACCUCAUGGAACAGGUAUCAAACUUAAAGGAUGUUAUUGCCAAGAAAGAUGAAGAGCUUCAAAAUGUUCAGAAGCUAAAAGUUAACAAUACAACUGUGCCAAAACGUGGUUUAAGCAAUCUAAGAUUGUUGGGGCCUUCAUCACCUAGAAGACACUCUAUAGGACCAUCACCAAAUGCUCGACGAGGAAAGAUCUCCGGUUUAUAUGGGAGAGCAACCUCAGAUGUUGACAACUGCUCAGAAUAUAGUAGCAAGCAUUCUGAUUUUGGUUCACCACGUUCAUCGAAGUUUGCUGGUGGGUCAAAAGAAAUUGACCUUGAAGAUGAUAUCGAACUCAUAGGCCUUGGGGAUGCAGAUUCUGAGGACAGAUUGAGUGAUAUCUCUGAUAGCUGUCUUUCGAUGGGAACAGAAACUGAUGGCUCGAUAAGCAGUGCAGUGGAGUUGACUCUUUUUCCUGAAACUGAGAAGCCUCUUGAAAUAACGGAACAACCUGAGACACACUUGGCACCUGAGAAACUCGAGAAACCAGCAAAAAUUGUGAAAGCAGUGCCCAAAGACAAGUCUAGUAUUCCAUCAAAGAUUCCGAAGCAGACCUUGAAACCACCAGGCCAAACCAGACCUUCUCGUUUGUCAAUUGCCACUAGCUCCUCCUCUAAGGCCUUAACAAGUGCUAAAAGACCAACGAUUAGCACUUCAACUUCAAUGAAACCACUAAACAGAAGGCGGUGAAGACUCAAAGGCUCAUCUGGAGGGGUGGAGGAAAAUUUGAGAUGGAUCUGAGCUGUUGGUGUUUGGUAGCUAUUUGUGUAACUAAGUAUGUGAUGUAUUCUUCUAUGUAAACCUAAUUAACAAACACCAAAUGCUAAUUUAAUGCUGUCCACUUAAGCUUUUGAGGUUUUCUAUAUUAAAGGUUUUGAUAACUUUUGAGAAAGAGGGAAGAAGUUAAUUGGCUACUGAUAGAGAGUUUAC